AUGACUGUCAUGACGAAGAAGAGUCUGCUUUCGGACGAGCCGACGAAUAUUGUUCACCAGCCGAUAACUAUCGGCCAUGUCCAGCUUAGGGACCUCAUCAUCUGCCCAGAAGAGCGUGGAAUUGUAAACUUCGUACACGACCGGUCUAUCGUGGAAAGGGACGUUAGAGACCCAUCGUCAUCUCAACGGACCCUUGCCGCUGUCAACUUCGUACCAAAUACUCUCGCCUCGCAUAUAUUGCCUGAUACUGGGGAGUGCCUACUUGCGGCAGGGGGUCAGGAGUCUGAAUUACAUCUAUCACUCUACUCUCGGAACGACGGAAGUGGCGGAGGAACGCGACGACUUUGGCGCUCGGACAGUGUGCUCCCUGGAUCCAUCAACAACUCGCUCCUCCUGACGACCCUAUCUCUCACCCGCUCGAACCAAAGCGCAAUCGAGCCCCGCAUCGUGGUCUCGAACAAUGACCAUACCUGCAAGUUCUUCGACGUCAAUGUGCGGGGGGACGCCACUUCGUCAAGACUCACGCAGACCGGCAUGCUGAGGCUCGACGACCCGGUCAAUCACUCAUCAAUAUCGCCUGACGGGAGGACACUGCUUUCGGUUGGCGACUCGCCAUACGUGUAUCUGCACGCCCUCACUGGUGGUGCACGCAUCACCUUCUCGCCGCUCGCACAACUCCCAAUGCCCACAUCAAAUUCGCCCGAUACCACCUCAUACUCUGGCGGACCUGCAUCCUUCUCGACUGCUUUCUCGUCGUGCGGGACCAAGUUCGCUGUCGCGAGUCAGGAUGGCAUGUGCGCUGUCUGGGACGUGCGCUCUACGAAGCCCCUCCGCGUCUUCCAUACGGACCGCACAUCCGAGUCCUGGUAUGAUGAUACAUGGGACCUCACCCGACCGGGAGGGAAGGCACCUGGAUGGGGUGUGCGCAGUGUAAAGUUUAGCCCUGCGGGCCGCAAUGGCAAAGAAGUCUUGACAUUUACCGAGCACACCUCUCGCCUCCAUGUAAUCGACGCCGCAACGUUCGAACAGCACGAUGUCAUACCUGUACCUGCUUUGAUACCCGCCAACUCGACGGCGCAAUCUGCGGUGCCGUCCAUCAAUACCGAGUCCAGUUGGACAUCACCGACUUUACCCACUCCUCGCCCCGCGCCGCGAGUAUACCUUGCCGGGCCCGAGUACACCGGCCAUCUCACACCCACCUCUGCGCGUACGGCGACCAUUUCCCCAGCACGCGCCGCCUACCUACGAAGACAAUCCGCGCGCUUUGACGACGACGACGCGUCCCUGCUUGUUCACGUGCCGCCACUCGGAGACCGCGGGGCUGAGCAUGACGUUCGAACUGUGCUCGGACGCCAUGGGGUACGGACGGCGGACUCCGCAGAAAGGGAGUUUGUGCAUCGUCAAGAAUACGACCUGGGCAUGGAUGUUGAGAUGGAGAUCGAGGCGGAGCCGCACGAGGAGAUCGACGCGAUGUCAGAAUGUGCUUCGCGCGUGCCCUCUCGCGCGGCAUCCCCUUCGCCGACGCCAUGGCGCUGGCCUAUAGCGCACGAGCAAUCCCCGAUACUCGAGCGCGCGUCCUGUGCUGCCACCAACUCGUAUACCCUCGCUACCCCCCGUCACCUCGACAUCGCCGGCACCUGUUUCGACCCUGAAGGACAACAUGUCUACGUUGGCACGAAGACCGGCAUCGUCGAGUGGUCGAUCCGUGGCGCAGAUAAGGUCUGGUAUAGCGGUUCAUCGUGGGCAUGA